AUGGAGCUGCACCUGGAGGCGCUGGGCGGCGGCGGGGCCGGCGGCGGGUCCGAGCUGCUGGUCCCCUCGGGCUCCCACGGGCGUCCCGAGGCGGCCCCUCCUCCCCCUGCUCCCCCUCCGCGCUCCCGGCCGGCCAUGGUCUCGAGCCUGGCCUCGCUGAUGGAGGGGGCGCCCGGCGGGGGAGACUUCCGCGGGGGAGACCCCGGAGGCGCGCUGCACCCGGUGAUGGGCCUGCCUUGCGAGUCGCCCUCGGGGAUGAGCACCUACACCACGCUCACGCCGCUCCAGCACCUGCCGCCCAUCGCCACCGUCUCGGAGAAGUUCCACCACCACCACCACCACCCGCACCACCACCACCACCACCACCCGCACCACCACCACCACCACCCGCACCACCAGCGCCACUCGGGCAACUUCUCCUCCAUGGGCAACUUGUACUACCCGAAGGAGAUGGCCGGGCCCAUGGGGCAGCCCUUGUCCCCGCUGCCCAACGGCCUGGGCGCGCUCCACCACGGCGGGCAGCAGCAGCAGCAGGCGCUGAGCCACUACGGCGCCCACCUGGGGCCCUCCGAGAAGCUCUUCCCGCCGCCGCCGCCCCCGCCGCCCCCGCACGGCUUCGAGGGCCCCUCGGGCCUCCUGCCCGCCCUCAACGGGCUCCACGACCCGCGGCCCCAGGCCUCCGUGGCCUCCUCCUCCGCCGCCGCCGCCGCCGGGGCCGCGCCAGGCCAGCAAGCCGAGGAGAUCAACACCAAGGAGGUGGCGCAGCGCAUCACCGCCGAGCUCAAGCGCUACAGCAUCCCGCAGGCCAUCUUCGCCCAGCGCAUCCUCUGCCGCUCGCAAGGCACCCUCUCCGACCUGCUGAGGAACCCCAAGCCCUGGAGCAAGCUCAAGUCCGGGAGGGAGACCUUCCGCAGGAUGUGGAAGUGGCUGCAGGAGCCCGAAUUCCAGAGGAUGUCCGCCCUCCGCCUCGCAGCGUGCAAGCGCAAAGAGCAGGAGCAGCAGAAGGACCGGAACCUGCAGCCCAAGAAGCAGCGCCUGGUCUUCACGGACCUCCAGCGCCGCACCCUGAUUGCCAUCUUCAAGGAGAACAAGCGCCCGUCCAAGGAGAUGCAGAUGACCAUUUCGCAGCAGCUGGGCCUGGAGCUCAACACUGUCAGCAACUUCUUCAUGAACGCCCGCCGGCGGUGUAUGAAUCGUUGGCAGGAGGAGCCCAGCGGCAACCCCGGGGUCCCUUCUUCCUCGACGAGCACUUUUUCCAAAGCAUGAUCUGCCCCUCAACAUCCCCUCACCUCUGCAUCUCUUGUUCCCUUGAUUCCACACCAUAGAGCUCAUUCCCAUCUCCUUCAUGCAUGAACUUCACAUGCACAUCAAGGGACUAACAAACCAUAUCCACACUCCAUUCCACAUCCACAAUGGGUGCGUCUAGCUUUGACAUUGACAACUGGUUUUGGGGAGCAUUUCCUCGCCCUCUCAUCUCACAAGCCAAUCCUUCCAAACCUUGGCGUUCGUUGAGAAAUGCCUCCUCUCCAUAAAAUCCUAGCUCAUAUCGGGUGUGGGAGGCAGUGACCUAAAUAAGAAACCAUUCCAGUUCCAGACCUUAUUCUGCGUAAUCUUAUUCUGAAGUUGUCAUGAUUGGAACCAAAGUCAAUGACCUACAAAGCAAGUGUGCAAUGUAUGCCUUAAAACACACCCCAGCACCUAAAAUUUCACUGGAGGAAGGCAAGAAACUAUGGGAUUGUUAUAUUUAUAUACCUCCUUCCCAUUUGGCUUUAUGAGCUUUAAACACUUGCCCUCUUUCCUUUUUUGCUGUUACAGUUGUAUUGACAUUAGCAAGACCAUAAGCACAACGUGUCUUGCGUUUGGUGACAUCCAUCAGGCCUAAAACAUCCCAUGACUUGCCCUUCUCCCUCUCGUUUAAAUCACUGAUGCAAAGCCGAAAAGGCAUUCAACUGAGUCGAGUGGGAAUCCCUUGCCAUCCCAUUGAGAACAAUUGGUUGUAGCUGACAAAUGUAAAUUUGUGGCACAUAUGGAUGUGGCAUUUCACAUACCGCAAGGCAAUGUUGUUCCCCUAUUCAUGAUCCCAGUAGGGGAAUGGCAUGGCAGACCACCAUCUCAACAUCACCAUACUGUACUCACAAACAUCUCCUCUGAUCUUCUUGCUCACAUCUCAUUCUCUAAAACACUCCCUUUCAAAGAACUGCUUCCCAUGAAAAUCUGUUACCAAGUCCAUCACCCAAACUGACCAAAAAGACGCACGGUCCCAAUUCUCCAAAACAACACGCAAUCCAAGAGAAGACUCCUUGUUCUUCGACAAUUCCUCUCAAAGGAAUUCCAAGCCAAAGUGUGAAGGGGGAUGAAAAAGAAGAAGAAGAAACUCUUUGAAUGAAAGAUACCCCCUCUUCUCCCCCUUUGAAUCAUUAGCAGGGGGGUUCCAAACCUAGUUGCACUGUGUCACCUAGAGAUAAAGCGGGUCAUGAAGCACAUUUUAGGUACAUGAAUCGGGUAUUUUAAAAAAGCUUUAAAGAAAUCAAAGGAAAGAAAGAGUAAGAGUUUGGCUUUCUUUCCUGGACAUUGACCUUCCAUUCAACCGUGGUUUCAUUGCAGCUCCAAACUGGCUUUAUCCCAUCCGCCUCCUCCCAGAAUAUCUUUAAACCUCACUCCUUGCCUCUUUCUCUUGUCUUCGUUAACAAAAAAAGUGAAGAAAACUAAGAAAGAAUAGUUAUGAUCGAAACUGGAUAUAGGAGGGCUGCAUCUAAUCAUAAAAUGGAUAUGUUGGCCUACUUUGAGUGUGGAAAGAAGGAUGCUAAAUGGAAACAUAACACCCAUUCCCAACCGUCUCCAAGCAACCCAACCCAAGGAUAAUCGUCUCAACGGCAACAUACAAGAAAUGCCCAAGAAACAGCCUGCCUUUAAAAAGAGAAAGCAAGAAGUAGAUGACAGGUAUGUGGUGAUGCUGGAGAAUCAAGAGUUUCUGGGCCCAAAAGAUAAAUGAAAAAGAAAGAGAUGAUCAGUCAGACGAGUCAUUCUAAUGGCAGAGUUUCCAGCCCACAUUUCAUGGAAAGGCUGAAGGAAAAGCAGACUGAGAAUAAUAAUACUUUAUUUAUAUUCCACUCUAUCUCCCCAAGGGGACUCAGGGCGGAUUACAAAACACAUAUAUGGCAAACAUUCACUGCAGUUAUACAAUUAACAGGACAGACAAUACAUAAACAAAGGUAAAGGCUUUCCCCAUUUUUUCCAUUUCUGGCAUCUGGAGGCUGUGCUUGACUCUGGCCACAGGGGGUGCUGUCAUUCCAUCUUCCAUGCCGAGGAGCUUUCGUCGUCCAUAGACGUCCUCCCGUUGUCCAUCUCAGCUCCAUGUUAUAAAUGUGGGAAUCGUUUUGGGCUGUGUGGUUGCUUUUUAGUGGAACACUCUCACAUUGAUGCGGGUACAAGAGCUUAUGGACAGAUUACAUGGAGGAUAAUGCAUCCAGAGGCAGAUUGCUGUGAAUGGAAAAGGAGGAGGAGGAAGAGGCGGCAAAGGAGGAAAAGAAUGCAAUGGAAUGAACCACUGAAUUCGAAAGGAGGAAGGAAGCAAUUAAACAAACCUCUCAUUAACUUCACAAAAAACCCCAACAAGUUUUGUUUGUUUGCCCCAAUCUAGGCUAUUGGGUCUGGCCAAUCAGGGUUUGGGAGAUUGUUCUUUUCUUUUAAGGUGGGGGAAAAAUGGUUGGUCCAGCCAAGUGGACAAUAGAAAUAGCUGGAAGAGGGAUUGUCACAAAUGCCAAGGUACGUUUUGCCAAAUAAUAUUUUAAAAAGAAGGAAAAGGAGAGGAGGGAAUGGGAGGGAAUGUCGAAACCCAAACCGAAAAGAUAUCCUUCCCUUCCAGAUUGUGUCUCCUCUCCUGGAGUUUCCACUUCCCCACCAAGUGUCCCUCGCCCCACUGUGUCUUUUUGUCUUGUUGUGAUGUGUUGAUGCUCAUGGACAAUGGAGAAGGACCCAGUGGAUUCCCGUCCCUGGUUGUGUGUAGUCUUUGAGGACUGUGAAGCCACUGGGGGAAAAAAAGAUGAAUGAAAGAAAGAAAAGCGAAAUACCGGGACCCGAUUCCCGAUGAGAUGAACACCCGACAGACGAGAGAAGAAAAAUAAAUAAGAGAGUUCGCACGAACUACCAUGCAAAGACAUUUUUAGUGAGAACCAGAAAAAUAUAGGCUACCUCACUUGAGUUUUCGAAUUUUUUGUGAUGUGAAAAUCACACCUGAUACCAAAGAUUUUGUUCCCCUUGCCUGGUUUGUGCUGGAAACAGCACACUCAUACAACCAAUGUUCCCUAUAAGCAUCCAUUUCUAGUGUGAUCCAAACCAUCCAAAGCUGAGAGAGAGAGAAGGAAAGAGAGAAUAUGAAUGUUAGAGUGUGAGAAGAUGAGUGCCUUGUUCUUGAACCAAAGGUGUGCAAAACCAUUCCCUUUCCAUGGUUUUCUGUCCUGUAUUACCUCAGUUCUCCGAAUCAGAUCGAUUCUGGUGAAUUUUGUAGCCAUUGGGUGAUGGGGCAGAGAAUUACACCCCUGUACUCCCCUUCUUUGCUUUCCUGUACCCAAUUUUCCAAUCCCUUUACCCAUCCAAGGACUAAUAUUUUCCCCUCCAACAGAUAUACGGAAGCACACGCCUUGUGCAUAUUUUGAUUUAUAUAUGGUUGACCCACAUGUACAAAACUCAACUAGAAAUCCCAAUCCGAGAUAUCAGUUUGGACAAAAUGGAGAAUAUUUAUUUAUUUAUUUAUUUAUUUACAGUAUUUAUAUUCCGUCCUUCUCACCCCGAAGGGGACUCAGAGCAGACCACAGAACACAUAUAUGGCAAACAUUCAAUGCCGUUAUACACUGACAAGAAAGACAACUUUACAUAGGUAGAGGUGUAUAUAUAGGCUUUUUCAUCUUCAGCAUCUUGGAGGCUGUGCUCAGUCCCGGCCACGGGGGGUGCUGUCACUCUUCUUUCCCUACCAAAAAGCUUUUGUUCCUAAAGUUCCUCCUUGAUCGAAUUGCUGGCAUUUUUCUGGCAUUUCCUUAUGGGUGCUUUAAGUACCUCCCCGCUUAAGCGGUACCUAUUUAUCUACUCACAUUGCUGUUUUAAAAACUGCUAGGUAGACAGAAGCUGGGCUAAAGGCCAGGAGCUCACCCUGUCCCAGACUUUGAACUGUCAACCUUUCAGUUGGAAAGAUUUACUGCAGCUGGCGGUUAACCUGCUGUGCUGAAGCCUGUCCAUUCUCCAGUUCCGUUUGUCCAUUCGCCAAUUCUGAUAUUAACGCGUACAAAUGCUGUAUUUCUUGUUAAUGUCAAGGGAUUGAAGAACUUCUCACCUACCCACCUUCCCUGUCUCUGUGGGUUUUUUUCUACCCAACACCCAAAUGGCUAGUUUGAUACCAAAGAUAUUCUCCACUCAGGAGAGAAAAAUAAAAAUAAAAAUGAAUGAACCAAACAAAACCAAGGGAUCCUUACCCCAUUUCUCUCUUCAGCACACACCAGGCAAGUCUUUGACAAUGCUCUCUGAAAUACCUCAAAAUAUUUAAUGUAUAGUUUAUGUGAUGAAAAAAAAUGAUGAUGAUGAUGAUGAUGAUGAUAAUUACUUAGCUAGUUUUUGGAAUUUGCAACUUGAAGCUUUAUACUGUUAAAUUAUAAUUUUUGCAGAAGACGGCAUGUUGGUAUGAAGUUGACAUGCUCAAAAUGGGAGACGUAUUGAAUGUUUGAGAAGGAGGAGGAAGUUAAAACUGGUUAGUUUCACGGUUUUUUGUUUUCUAAAGAAACAAGAGAGAGAAUGAGAAAGGGAGAGCGCGCGCGAGAGAAUGAAGGUUCGUUGGAGCUUACAGAUUUCGUAUUGAAACCUUUCCAAAGAAAUCCUACCAAGGAGACUCUUUCGCUUUGGGGGGGAUGCGUUCUCGUUUCUUCUUUUUUUCCCUGCUUAGUCGCGUCUUAUUGAGAGUAUUUAUUAUAUGUGUUUUACGUGUUCAAAUGUAAUUUAAGAAGGUUAAAAAAAAGACCAAAAAAAGAGGACGAAAUCGGAAAUUUGAUUUAUGCAUGGAAAUGGAAAAUAUAUAUAUAUAAAUAUACUCUUUCUUGAAGUAAUGUAAUAAUUAUCGGGAGGGGGUGGGUCCAGUGGGGAGGAGACUUUUUUGGUGUGUUUUUCGUCCGACGAGAUUUCCUUUCGACUCGGAGGUCUGUGCAUGGACCCAUGCGUUGCAUAUGAUUGUGGGCAUUUCUGUCUUUUUGUUCGCUUUCCCCUUUUCGGUCAUCUUCCCUUGUUUUGGUUCCGUCAGUCUUUUGAUAAACCAAUAGAGAGAGAGCUCCAUAUCGAAAAGUUGCCAGGUUGGAGGAUUGAGCUUAGCUUGCUGCAAAAGUGCAACCCUGAUCUUUCUGAAAUGAUUUUUUUCUCAAAUUUCAACUCUCAAAGGCCUCUUUGGCCAUCCCUUGUCGCAGAUGCUUGACAGAAGUUUUAUGAUAUUGCAAUUUGGAAACAAAGGAAAUUUUCAUGGAGGAGGUUGAAUUUUUCACUGGGAAGAGAAUGCCGUUAU